CAGGCGCUAAAUGAUAUAAUACAUAUAGCUGGCGUUGAACUCUACCACCUCUAGCGGAUUUCCCGCCGUUGUGGUUUUAGCUCAACCUUACAGGUCCAAGAUCUGCCUUGCCGGGAUAUUUGAGUAGCCCAACGCGACGGUUACAUACACUCUAAACUGAUCAACGCCAACCUUGUUCAACCAGUUCUUUCAUCGUUUUAUUACUCAAGCCCCUCAUCAUCUCGCCCAACCUACCUCGAGACCGGGUUUUUAUCACCGACGCCCUCACACAACUCCAAAUAACCAGGCGAUCAUCCUGUGAUCUCACUUAUUGAUCGAUUCAGUCUGGCGUUUCGAGCGCUUAGAGCUGCGGGCCUUGCUGUUGGCCUGGGAGUUACUGCCCUUGCCGCCUACUAUCAGUCCAGGCAAGGCCAGAUGGCGUCCAGAAAUUAUCGCCUCGAUGCGACCGUCGGUCGCGAAGUUGUUUAUUGCCAUCAAUGCCAACAUGAAUGGUUCCAUGAUGAUCGACCAGACACCCUAGAUUGCCCUAGGUGCAUGAACCAGUGUACAGAGAUUGUUGACCCCAGCAAUGAUCCCCGAGAGAUGAAUGCCGACCACUCGUUUCCCGACAUAGAGCACCUCCGCCGCCGCCAUCAGCAUCGCUUCGAUUCCGAUGAAGAUCUCGAAGAUGAUGAUUUUGAGGAAAACCUAUUCCAUGGCCCAGGAGGCUUGUUGGGUCAAAGAGCAAUCUAUCGAUCUCCCGACCGCCAAGAUCCUAGAAGCGGAUCGCGAGUGUCCCCUGAUAAUACGGACCAGAUAAUACGUAGAUUCACGGAAUUAUUAGGGAAUAUUGGUGGCCCUGGUAUGGUCGGUCGAUCCGGCCACGACACACUGUUUGCUAGCCCAGCUCAACGAGUUACGGUACAGCGAUUCUCUGGCCCCAACUUCACUGGCGGUGUCAAUACCUUCACUUUCACCACCGGUGGGAGAACUCGAUCCGGUCUUGGUUCGGACUCUGGUCCCGGUCUUAGCUCUGGCUCUGGCUCUGGCUCUGGCUCCGGCUCCGGCUCCGGCUCUGGCAUUGGUGCUAGACCAGAGCCUGGAGCUGGAAUGGGCCUUGACGACCCGUUUCAAAGGGUUUUUGGAAAUAUUAUGGGAAACUUAGGCCCUCCAGGCCUAGACGAUCCUCAUUCACCGAACCAGAUUGGGGGUGAUGGUAAUGCCCGCCAACCUGCUGACUUUACUAGGGCAUUAAGUCAGCUCAUUGGUAGCCUUAUUAAUCCUCAUAUGGUCCAUGGUGAUGCCGUUUACACUCAAGAGGCGCUAGACAGCAUUAUCACGAAUCUCAUGGAAGCGAACCCACAGUCAAACGCGCCUGCACCGGCUACAGAAGAAGCCAUCGCUAAACUACCAAAGAGAAUUUUAGAUGAGGAGCUUUUGGGACCGGAGCUAAAGGGUGAGUGCACCAUCUGCAUUGACGAGGUAAAAGUGGGCGACGAGGCCGUUGUGCUGCCGUGUAAGCACUGGUUUCAUGAACAGUGUGUCGUCCUGUGGCUAAAGCAACAUAAUACCUGCCCCAUAUGUCGCGCAGCCAUUGAUGGCGAGGCUGCCGAUCGUUCUGAUAGCAUGCCAAACUCACAACCUGGUCCGUCUCGAGAUUCGUCUCAUUAUAGAAGACCUGGUGCCCCUAGUCGUAUGAGAUCCGUACCAAGCAACCCCUUUGAGCGACAUUACUCCCCCCCGACACAUUCCGGUUCGGCACAGCCAUCUCGAGUCCGAAGCCCAUCCCCUUCAAGUCGUCGUUCAGCACAGAGUGAUAGGAACCGCGAUGGAAGGGGCUCAGCUAGUGGACCAUUUAACUGGAUUAGAGACCGGUUCGGAGGAGCAGACAGGCGCCCAUGAGCUUGUAUUCGCCUCCCUAUUCGCAAUUCAUCAUCCCUGGGUGUUCUGGACUGGAGUUAAUUGCGUUGGCACUGUUUUGAUAAAUGGAGGGGUCUUUCAGUGAGGCUCUCUGAAUUCCAUAGAGGCCAAAUACGGUACGAAGGCAUGAAUCACGUGAUCACGCUCUUUACUCUUGAAAGGGGGGGAUAGUCAUCGGUUCGAUCCGGGGUUACGCUUCAUCCAUACUAAUUGUUUUUCGUUUCGUUUCCCGAUAAACCCGGUACGGUAUUCGAGCUCCCUGAAAUGCAACAGGGGAUAUAUUUGUCGAGGCUUUUCCUGUCCCUGGGCUAUGUUCAGGGACUAAGCAGCAGAAAGAGAAACGGCAAUGAAGCAGAAAACGACAAAGGGGUGAGCUGUCUUUAGGGAAAGGAUUGUGAAUGCAUCAAACCUCGCGCAUUGGACGGAUAGAUUUCUAUUCCUCAAAAGAGUUUUAGUUGAACAUUGAACGAUGAGUUUACCACUACCUAAUCAGUCUAAUGUACUGUGUAGAUAUCUCCUUUCAGUUGCGGCAAUGCUGUCUACUACUAUAGAUUAUUCGUGCCCCAUAAUGGUUGUGUAGCCUUUGGAGAACAAAUUGACAAUUCUAAUGAAUAUAAAAGAAAACUGUGCUUAUACAAGAUCACGUUCGAAGUCAAUUUCUUUGUUGACCUGCUGCCGUUAAUAGAAUUGUUAUAGAAUAGAAUGGAUAUAAGUAGGCUC